CUAAACCACAAAAGCCUUCCCGCCACAGGGUAGCUGCAGUCAACCGGCUCAACCGUUUUUAAACUCCCAAUUCUCCCGCCAAAAUUUGGAUUGGCUGUGCAAACCGGCUAGCUCCGGUGACCAGUCACCCUCUCCCAGUAGGCUGUCCCAAUAUAAAACGGUGGAGCAGCGACACUAGAGGCGUCAACGCCAUCAGGUGCUUCGAUGAAGGUUGUGGAAGCUAGGGUUUGGAUCUUGGCAGAAUGAGUGCUGUGAACAUCACAAACGUCGCCGUUUUGGACAAUCCCGCCUCCUUCUUGAAACCCUUUCAGUUCGAAAUCACUUACGAGUGUUUGACUCCUCUCGCAGACGAUCUUGAAUGGAAACUUAUCUAUGUGGGAUCUGCUGAAGAUGAGACUUAUGACCAACUUUUAGAGAGUGUACUGGUUGGGCCGAUCAAUGUUGGAAACUAUCGAUUUGUGUUGCAGGCUGACCCGCCUGACCCAUCAAAGAUCCGAGAAGAAGAUAUUAUGGGUGUGACAGUGCUUCUGUUGACGUGUUCUUACGUGGGACAGGAGUUUAUCCGUGUGGGCUACUAUGUGAACAAUGAAUACGAUGAUGAGCAGCUGAAAGAGGAACCUCCCCAGAAGGUGUUGAUAGACAGAGUCCAACGGAACAUACUAUCAGAUAAACCAAGAGUAACAAAGUUUCCCAUCAAUUUCCACCCUGAGAACAAAGAUCCUGGAGACCAACCCCCUCCGCCUGAUCAUCCUGCUGAAACUGAUGGAAAUAGAGAAGAACCACCUGCUUCAACUCAUCACCCUUCAGAUGCCCGAUUGCCGUAACUACUACUUCCAGACUCUGACCAUCCAAAUUUCUGGUUUGAGCAUAGCAUGGUAAUUGGUUUAGUUGAUAUCUAUGCUUUAAAAAAAAAAAAAAAAAACUAGAUGAACUGCAUCCGAAGGAUCAUGUAUUUAUUACAUCAGCCUGAUGGAGAGAUGUCUGAUGAAAUGCUGGGUUCAGUCUGGCUGGUUUGGGUUGCCAAAGUACUGGUUCACCAGGUUAGUUACUUUCUAUGUUCAAAAUUGGAUUUUCGGACUUUGUAAUAAUUAUCAAGGAAUUUCAGCUUCAUUAGCUUUAA